GAUGCCUGUUGGGAGCUGAAGCUAAUACAACUCAACAGACUCAAGUGCAACUCGGUUGAUGGCACUACAGGAAGGGAUGACACACCAGAAGUAUGCUUUCUGGAGCAAAGCUACUCCAUGGCUUUGCCGUCUAAACCCAAGGAGGCCCAAUCAUUGACUGCUCAUUCCUGUCAGGACCUCUCCCAGUUAGCAAGUGAGGACCAGCCAAGCAAUAGGGUGCUGUCGUCUGCGGAGAUUCUUCGGCAGAUCACGCUGCAGCUAAACGGCCUGAUGAACGACACCAACGCGGCUCUCAAUGGAGACAUUGCGGCGCUUGCGGACAGCUCCGGCACCCCGAGGAAUGAUGCCCUCUUGCGAAGGAACCAGGAGCUGGCCACGAGCCUCGAGUCCCUGCAGCAAGACAGGGACCAACUCGAGUUUCAGCUGCAGGAGCUGAGGGGCAAGCUGACACGGCAGCAGCGUGAGUACGAGCGUGAGCAGCAAGAGCGGGAGGAUCAGUCUCGGCGCGAGCUGGGGGCCAUGAACGACCAGCUACAGGUGCACAUCCAGACCAUCGGCAUCCUGGUGGCCGAGAAGACGGAGCUUCAGUCGGCGCUCUCCCAGAGCCAGCAGACCGCCAAGCAGAAGGCCGUGGAGACGGAAGAAUUGCAAGGAAGACUGAAGGCGGCUAGAGAGAGAAACACGGACUUGGAGCGAACGUUAAACUUUGUCAGCAGCCAGAGCCAGGUUCAGGAGAAGAGUUCCCAAGAGUACCUCAGGGAAAUCGAGAUGCUAAAGACGGAACAGUACAAAUCAAGCAAAUCAAUCGAAGAACUGAAGCAAGAACUUUCUGAGUUGAGCAACAAGCUUGGCAAGAAGGCGAAAGACAAUGAAGCCCUGCAACAGGAGCUUGGCGACUUCAAGAAGGAGCUGUCCUUGGCGCAGCUUUAUGCUCAGCAGCUCGGAGGCGCUCAGGCCUCUGAGAAUGUGCACAGCCAGUUGGAGGAGCUCCACCAAGAGAAGUUGGACAUGGAGAAGAAAGUCAACAAGUUCAAGGAUGCCAUGGAGCAGAUUGCAGCAGAAAAGCAGCAGAUGUCCUCUCACUACCAGUCGUACGUGGACCGGCUCUCUCAGCAGUUGGAAACAAGCAAGGAAACGGUGGAGGCACAUACCGCAGAAACCGCUACCACCUGAGAGAAGCACACCUGCCACCGAGGGAUCGAGAGGCACCACCCCAAGUGCAAAGGAGUGUGGAGGAUCU